AGAGGAGGAGGAAGGAAUGGUGAAUAUAAGGCCCCAGGACUUGCCUUUGACUACUUACCUCUCUACACACUCACAUUCAAAGAAAGAAUAGCUGCUGGGCCGAGACGAGACGCCAUGAGGACCACACUCGUGAGGAUGCUGGUUGCACUUAUGUGCGUACUGGCUGCACGUGCAGAAGUCAUGCCCGUUCAAGGUUUUGAUCUGCAGAGGAUGUCUGGAAAAUGGUACAUGGUUGCCUUUGCCAGCAACGCUGCUUGGUUUGUGAACCAUAGGGGAAACAUGAAGGUCGGGACUGCAACCAUUGUGCCAACUGAUGGGGGUGAUAUGGACCUAAAAUAUGCCCACAUACAGGAAGAUGGCACCUGCUGGAGAAUAAAUCAUUCCACUAAAAAAACUGACACUCCUGGACGCUUCACCUUCCACAGCCAAAUUUGGAACAAUGACAAUGACAUGCGCGUCGUCGAAAUCCUGUAUGAUGAGUAUGCAUUGGUCCACACCAUCAAGACAAAGGACGGAGUGUCUGAGAUUUUGAACCAGCUUUACACUCGCACACCUGAGGUCAGCGUGGCACUGCAGCAGAGGUUCAGAGAAUUCUCCAUUGAGACCGGCGUCUUGCCUGAAAACAUCGCCAUCCUACCAACUGCUGCUGAGUGCCCCGAGGCUUGAAAAGUCCCCUCCUCGCUUUCCAACGUCCUCGCCAUGCAGCUCUCUACAUUUUUCACACAGCUUCAAAUCAACAAAUAAAGGAGAAAGAGGGGGAAUAUGUUUGAGUCGAAACGGUUUUCUUAAAUGCUUUUGACUGCUGUUAUUGUGAUGUUUCUUGACCCACAAGCCAAUAAAAUAAAAAAAUACAAAUUA